CCAUCGCGCCGUGACAAAUGCAACUUUUACUUCCGGCUGCGUACACGGCCAUCGCGCUUGGUUUUGUCUACUCCGUUCUGUCCGGUGGUGUCCACGCGCUGUUCGAGUGCUGCUGAUCUCUGGCAACGUCUCUCCACGACCUGCUCCCUAGUCGAUCAUCGUCUGCGCUCCGCAGCUCUAUAUCAUCCGAGGGAUCUCUUUUGUUUGUCGUAUGUCCAUCCAGAAUCUCAACACAUUCGACCCCUUUGCAGAUGCAAUCAAGGGUUCAGACGAUGACGUCCAGGACGGUCUCGUUCAUAUAAGGAUCCAGCAGCGGAAUGGUCGCAAAACCUUAACAACGGUGCAAGGACUCUCCUCGGAAUAUGACUUGAAGAAAAUCGUGAGAGCAUGUAAAAAGGAGUUUGCCUGCAAUGGGACAGUAAUAGAACACCCGGAGUACGGGGAGGUGCUGCAGCUGCAGGGGGACCAGCGAGAGAAUAUAUGCCAGUGGCUGACAAAGUCAGGUCUGGCAAAACCUGACCAGCUCAAGGUCCAUGGUUUUUAAUUGACUAACAACAGCAACAAUAUCACCAUCCAAUGCCACAACCUACAACAACAGCAGACAAGCUUCGCCCCUCGUCAGCGCUACAUGAUCGUCUCAAAUUGAAUCUGUAUAUCACUCACUAAACUACUCCUCUCGUGGGAUAUCCCGAUUAUACUAUCACGUCAACAUAUAUAUAUACACACAAUAUAUAUACAUACGCGCGCAUAUAUAUUUCAAUAAUAAAAAAAGAAACAAACGAAACGGAGAGGGAAGUAAACGAUAGAAGAUAGAGGCGAAUAAAAGAAAGGAGGAAGAAAAGAGAGAUAUAUAGGCAUAUAACUGGCGUAUAUACCCGUAGGCAAUAUAUCUAUUCUAAUCUGAAUCUUUUUCUUGAGAUAAAAAAAAAGAAGCAAUACGUCACACUGUAAGCCUUAUGUUAGGUGAUAGCGAGCGUUAAGGUAGGAAUCUCCUGCCUUGCAGCAGUGGAUAGGACACAUCUGAUUUUGAUAAACAUCGAGGAACAAAAGGAGGAAGAGGAGGAAGAGGCAGAGGAGAGGCAUAGAUGAAUGAGCGGUAACUAGCAGCACCGGAUGGAUGUUCGUUUUUGCAUUAGGUAGUAUGUAUCUGGGCGCGAUAGACGUGUUUCGAGAAGGCGGUAAAGCUGUAGGUCAAUCGACUCGGCUCUCUCCUCGUGUCCACCGUACUCUUCUUCACAUCCUUUCAUCUCUUAGUGAAAAUGAUAAGAAUUUUUUUCUUUCUUUUUACGUUUGUAUCGAGAAAAUUUAAGAGAAACAGCGUUUUCCACGCUUAUCUUUUAUUGUGAUUUGUUGAAUAUUUGUGUAGGGCCAAUUUUCGAUUCUUCCUUUUGUGUAGAGGAUAUCCUUCGCCCCUUACCUCCCCACUCAGCCCAGUAUCACGUCUUCGCUCUUGCUUUUUCCUCUUUUUUAAGGCAGUAAUAAAUGAUGAAUUGUUUUGAAAUAAUAGUAAUGGGAAUUAAUAAAAUGUGGCUGUUUUAAAUAGAUAAUUAAAUGAGUAAAUAAAUAUAGGAUAUGGUACGACCAUGUUCUCCCUCCUCUUCAUUUUUGUUCCAAUUCUACAAGGUCGAAGUUGCUGUUGUUAAACCUGUCAACUAUGUAUGGAAAAUUGAAUAUUUUAGAAAUAUAUUAAUUUUUUGCUUACCCAAUGUAAAA